CGGGCGAAACCUCUCCGACUGUAGUGGCUGCCAUCGAACAUGGGCAGCAACGUUCAACUUCAAUGCAUCUACUUGCUCGAACAAUGCAAGUCGGUGCUUCAUCUGAAGCAAGUCCACGCCUUCGCUUCUAAGAUUGGCGCCGACUCUGGCACUCUCUUCACCGGAAAACUACUCCUCGUCGCCGCCGUCACCCUCGUCAAUGCUCUCGAUUACGCCCUCCAUUUCUUAGCCGACUUUCCCUCCCCUGACGCCUUCAUGUUUAAUACCGUUAUCCGUGGUCUUGCUGAGUCGCCUCAACCCUACCAAUCUUUCAUCACGUAUGCCCACAUGAAGCGGCUCUCUCUAUCCCCUGACAGCUUCUCCUUCGCCUUUCUCCUUAAGGCCGCCGCUAACAACAGGUCCCUAUCCACCGGCUCUCAGAUCCAUUCCCAGUCCAUUCAUUACGGCCUCGAUGCCCAUCUUUAUGUGGCAACAACGAUGGUCAGUUUGUACGCCGAAUGCGGCUGCAUCGCUUCUGCAGAGAAGGUAUUUGGCGAAUUGUCUCACCCGAAUGUUGUGGCGUGGAAUGCUAUGGUGACGGCAUAUUUCCGCUCGGGGGAUGUAGCCGGUGCGGGUCAAGUGUUUGAUCAAAUGCCAGUGAGAAAUAUCACUACAUGGAAUCUUAUGCUUGCGGGGUAUAUGAAAGGCGGCAACCUUGGGGAGGCACGAAUUUUGUUUAAGGAGAUGGAGCGAAAGGAUCAGGUUUCCUGGAACACCAUGAUUGUGGGCUUUGCUAGUCAUGGCUAUUUUGAGGAAGCUUUUGGCUUUUUUAGGGAAUUGAUGAGGGAGGGGAUAAUGCCCAAUGAGGUUAGUUUUACCGGUGCCCUGUCAGCGUGUGCACAGGUAGGAGCAUUUGAAUCUGGGAAGAUUCUUCAUGGGCUUAUUGAGAAGACAGGGAUGAAUUUUAUCAUGGCUGUGUCAAAUGCACUACUUGACAUGUAUGCGAGGUGUGGGAAGAUCGAUAUGGCAAAGCGGGUUUUUUAUUGUGAUAUGGAGAAGAGGAACAUUGUUUCCUGGACAUCAAUGAUUGCUGCAUUGGCAAUGCAAGGUCACGGCAAAGAAGCACUUGAGCUCUUUCAUGAAAUGUUGAAAGCAGAAAUUAUACCUGAUUGGAUCACCUUCAUAGCGGUCCUCUAUGCGUGCAGCCACUCGGGUUUGGUGGAACAAGGUGUUGAGCUUUUUCAAAGUAUGAGUUGUGAAUAUGGAGUCCAGCCAUCAGUAGAGCACUAUGGUUGCAUUGUUGACCUAUAUGGUAGAGCAGGUAUGUUAGAGAAGGCCUACGAGUUUGCAAAACAGAUGCCAAUAAAGUCAAAUUCCAUCAUUUGGCGAACCCUGCUUGGGGCUUGCAGCAUCCAUGGCAAUGUCAGGUUGGCUGAGGAUAUAAAAAUGAGACUUGCAGAGCUUGAACCAAAUGAUUCCAGUGACUACGUUUUGCUUUCAAAUGUCUACGCCAAGGCUGGCAAAUGGAAUGAUGUUAUUGAUGUUAGAAAGUCCAUGAACGAGAAAAGCAUGAGGAAAGAUCCCGGAUGGAGUGCAGUUGAGGUGAAUAAGGUGAUUUAUAGCUUCAUUGCUAGCGAUACGAGGAGCAAUGUGCAAGAAGAGGCAUUGAUGAAGCUUGAGGAGAUCAUGUCUAGGCUUCGGAUGGAGGGGUAUUGGCCACAGCUUGCAAAUGUUUUGCAUGACAUUGAAGAGGAAGAGAAGGAAAAUGCGAUUGUGAGACACAGCGAGAAACUUGCAGUGGCAUUUGGAAUGGCAAGAAUGUGUGAAGAGGAGGUCAUAAGAAUAGUGAAAAAUUUACGAGUUUGCAGGGAUUGUCAUGAUGUGAUGAAGUUGAUUUCGAAGGUUUUCAAGAGAGAAAUAUUGUUGCGGGAUCGUAAUCGGUUCCAUUGUUUUAGGGAGGGAAACUGCUCAUGUAGAGACUUUUGGUGACUGAAGAAUAUUGAAUGAAUUAAAAAUCAUUAAGGCAACUUCAUACAACAUUGGUGAAGAUUUGAUGUACAAAAAGAAAAGAUGAAACAACAGAAUUUGAAUUUCUGUUUUCUUCAAUGACUCGCAGUCUAAUAACCUCUCGAUCUUCAUGAAUUGCCAUAUGACUCAAUAGGAUGCUUGACAUGUUGCAUUAAAGGUGCGAUUUGGACCAGCUUGGUUAUAUGUAUCUUUUCAGGUAGUGGCCGUGAUGUGCAAAUGGCUAGUGAACGCAGCAGCGGUGGAUGGAUAAGGGUUAGCAGUUGCUGGUCAACAGCAAGUGUUGUGGUGGGGUGAUGAGUUUCAUGUUGAUGAUGGCCUUACAUGGUGGACAAAUAUUCUGACGAAAUUUCCUUUGCCUGGCCUUCAUCUGCAGCUGCAGACAUUAUCUGGCUUCGUCGACUUCUACGGGAAUUUCAAAUUCCAUGUUCUCAACCUACAAAUUACUUUGUGACAACAUCUCAUCUAUAGCUCUUGUAAACAAUCUUAUUUUUCACGCCAGGAUCAAGCACAUUGAAAUCGAUUUUCACUUUGUUCGUGAAUGCAUUAAGAACAAGGUGCUUACUAUCUCACAUGUUCAUACAACUGAUCAACUUGCUGACUUGUUUACCAAAUCCUUUUCUAUUCCUCGGUUCCAAUUGUUACGAGACAAGCUCAACAUUUCCGAAGCAAAUGUUAGCUUGCGAGGAGGUGAUAAGCAAGCCGACUUUUAACAAAAAAAUAUGCCCUUUUUCUACAUGUCCACUACUUCUCUAUGGCAGAGCACACUUGUUCUGAUCAAAUCCACUUCGUUGUCUUGUAACAGAUUAAUCAACACUGUUGAAGUAGUUUUCAUGUAUUUUUCUUUAUAUAUCUUGUGAUGCAUAGCAGCAAGGCAAUGAAACAGUACCCGGAGAAUUAUUCCUAACACUUGUCUUCUUCAACCUCAUAGUAGAAUU